AUGCCUUCAAAAGUGUCAUGUUUGUACUUGCUGACCGUGGUCUGCUGGGCGAGCGCUCUGUGGUACCUGAGUAUUUCUCGCCCAACCUCCACGUAUGUCGGCCACAUGUCUGUGCCUAUACGGAAGACUGUGAAACCGCUCAAGAACUUCACCUUCACCAACAUCCACACCCGGCCCCUCAACCCACAUGCCUUUGAGUUUGUAAUCAACGAGCCAAAAAAGUGCGAGAGCGUCACACCCUUCCUGGUCAUCCUUAUCAGCACCACGCACAAGGAGUUCGACGCGCGUCAGGCCAUCCGGGAAACCUGGGGCGAUGAGAGCACCUACAGCAACAUCCACAUUCUCACCAUCUUCCUGCUCGGCAGGAACACGGACAAUGUGCUCAACCAGAUGGUGGAGCAGGAGAGUCAGAUUUUCCAUGACAUUGUGGUGGAGAACUUUAUCGAUUCCUACCACAACCUCACCCUCAAGACCAUGAUGGGCAUGCGGUGGGUGGCAACCUUCUGCCCCCAGGCACGAUACAUCAUGAAGACGGACAGCGACAUCUUUGUCAACAUGGACAAUCUGAUCUACAAGCUCCUCAAGCCCGCGACGAAGCCGAGAAGGAGGUAUUUCACUGGCUAUGUGAUAAAUGGGGGUCCCAUCAGGGAUAUGCGCAGCAAGUGGUACAUGCCCAGAGACUUGUAUCCUGAUAGCAAAUACCCACCUUUCUGCUCAGGCACUGGCUAUGUGUUCUCAUCAGAUGUAGCUGAGCUGAUCUACAAGACUUCGUUACACACAAGACUGUUGCACCUGGAGGACGUGUAUGUGGGACUGUGUUUGCGUAAGCUGGGUAUACACCCUUAUCAGAACAGUGGUUUCAAUCACUGGAAAAUGGCUUACAGUCUCUGUAGAUACCGGCGGGUUAUCACCGUCCACCAGAUCUCCCCAGAGGAGAUGCACCGCAUUUGGAAUGACAUGUCCAGCAAGAAGCACCUCAGAUGUUAG